CUUUUACCUAAGUUACAUUUUCCCAAAUGUUGUUUUGUUAAUUUUAGUUAAAUCUCAAUACAGUGCCGCGUUGAUUUUGUUGCCUCAUCGCCCACGUUCGUUAUUGAUAACCUACGAUGUUCCUCAAUUAUAAUAUUGACCAUUUAAAAAAUAUACGUCCUUUGCAAAUGUGAGGAAGCUUUAUAAGAAAUGACGCGAUGGACAAGGCAAGACGACAUGAUCCACAAUGACACCGAAGAUGAUGACAAUUGGGUUGCCAGCGAUGACAACGAAGAGGAGGCUCCCAUGCGGUGUAGCUUCUCCGUGGAAGACCUCCUAGAUGAGGUGGAGAAGAUCUGCUAUGAUGCCUCGGGUACAGCUAAGGUGGAGAUGGUGGUGCGUCUCUGGAAGGACGGCUUCACCGUCAACGACCAGGAGUUCCGCAGCUACUCGGUCCCUGCAAACCAGGAAUUCCUGGAGGCCAUCAAAAGGGGGGAACUUCCGGCAGAGUGGGAGAGCCGAGCGGAGGAGGAGGAACUGGAGGUCAACGUGGAGGAUCUGACGGAGGAGGAGUACGUUCCCAGGAAGAAGGUUUUCCACCCUUUCAGCGGGAGAGGAUACCGGCUCGGCAGCGUGGCGCCUCGUGUGGUGGCCCGCUCGCCGUCGGUGCACGACGACGGCGAAUCUCCCCCCAUUCCCAUGGUAACCCUGGACCACGCCCUGCCCGUCACCUCUCUGCAGCUCUGGUUGGCCGACGGCCGCAGGCUGGUGCAGCGCUUCAACCUAUCGCAUCGGAGGGCGUCUGCAUUUGAAGCAUCCCUCGUUUCCGCCCUGACUCCCGUCUCCCCGCCUUCCCCCCUUGCUCAGGAUCGUAGACGUUCACGACUUUGUGUCGCGCUGCCAGAGGAGCUGCCCCCCUUUCGUCUUGACCACGUCGCUUCCCGUGCGGGAGCUCCACGACCAAGACCUGAGCCUCGAAGCGGCGGACUUGACCAACGCCGUCAUCGUCCAGCGGCCCCUCAACACGCACGCCCCCUUUGCCCCAUAAUCCACCUUCCGUUCACCUUCCAUAUCCAUAUUUACAUCCAUUCAAAUGAAUCGGCACCACAACAAAACAGUCUUCCCAAAUUGUGAUUGCCAUUUUUAUGCACUUUUUCAAACCUGGACACUGCUUGCGUUUUGAGGUUUGCCUUGGUUUUUAAACAUCUACUCAUUUUUGAAUGUACCAUGUUACGUGCCUGCAUUAUUUCCAUCCAAUACAUUUAUUCAAAAACUAAAACGCAAAGCUCUUUUUUUUUUUUCAUUUUUUUUAUUUACUCUCUUGAGCGAAGCAAGACCAUUAACAUGUUUUAUUUUGCUAAAUAUGUCAGAUAGAGGGCGGCACAGUGGAUCAGCUGGUAAAGCGUUGGCCUCGCAGUUCUGAGGACCCGGGUUUGAUUCCAGCCCUGCCUGUGUGGAGUUUGUAUGUCCUCCCUGUGCCUGUGUGGGUUUUCUCCUGGUGGGCACUCUGGUUUCCACCCACAUCCCAAAAACUUGCAACAUUAAUUGGACAGUCUAAAUUGCUCCUUGGUGUGAUUGUGAGUGUGGCUGUUUGUCUCCAUGUGUCCUGCGAUUGGCUGGCGACCAGUUCAGGGUGUCCCCCUCCUGCUGCCCGUUGAGAGCUGGGAUAGGCUCCAGCACUCCCUGUGAGGAUAAGCGAUAAAAGAGAAUAGAUGGAUGGAUGUCAGAUAGACUGACAAAAUAAUGGAAGAUCUGGAAAGCCCUCAACAAUAGCUUGAAUAUGACAUAUGAGUUAAAUCUUGCUAUUAAAUAUCUAAAAAAUUGUAUUGCCUAUUUUUAUGAC